CCGCUUUUCUGCCAGGAUUUUCACUUCCUCUGAACCUAAGCCGAAGCACAGACUGCUGCACGUAUGUCUGGAUCCUGCCCCCACCUCCCGCCGGGCUCUCAGAGCUUCAGCACCAGUUGUUAGCCAAAAAUAAACACCAUUCCUCAACCAUAUAUGUCCACCAGCCCAGAGCCCGGGAGGAGGAGGAGGUAGGUCAGGUCCCCGGGCUCCCGCCACACUCAGCGUGUCCCCUGCCCACCAUGCACAUCACCCAGCUCAACCGGGAGUGCCUGCUGCACCUCUUCUCCUUCCUGGACAAGGACAGCAGGAAGAGCCUGGCCAGGACCUGCCCCCAGCUCCAGGACGUGUUUGAGGACCCUGCACUCUGGCCUCUGCUGCACUUUCGUUCCCUCAUGGAACUCAAGAAGGACAACUUCCUCCUGAGCCCGGCCCUCAGGAGCCUGUCCAUCUGCUGGUACUCGAGCCGCGUACAAGUGUGCAGCAUUGAGGAUUGGCUCAAGAGCGCCUUCCAGAGGAGCAUCUGCAGCCGCCACGAGAGCCUGGUCAAUGAUUUCCUCUUCCAGGUGUGCGACAGGUGCCCCAACCUGGCGUCCGUCACGCUUUCAGGCUGCGGCCACGUCACCGACGACUGCCUGCUGCGCCUCCUGCGCUGCUGCCCGCGCCUGCGCGCGCUGCGCCUGGAGAACUGCGCGCGCGUCACCAACCUAACGCUGGCGGCCGUGGCGACGCACGGGCGCGCGCUGCAGACGCUGCACGUGGACUUCUGCCGCAACGUGAGCGCGGCCGGCCUGCACCGCUUGCGCGCCGCGUGCCCGCGCCUGGCGCUGCGUGCCGAGCACAGCGCAGCCAUGAUCCCCGACCAGCGCCCCAGCGCGUCGGGCAUGGCUCUUCGCAAGCUGCUGCCGCGCUAGGCUGACCAUGUCGGGACAGGACACCCGGGCAAGGGCCCCGAGCAGAAAGAGCGACCUGGUUUCCAACCCCUAGCCCCAGCACUUCUCAGACUGUCGCCACAUCGCUGAACCUCAGUUUCCCUGUCUGCAAAAUGGGGACGUUGAUGCCUACCUCACAUUACGGUUUUACGCACAGGAGUGCGAGAGUAACCGGAUGCUGGGAAAACACUCGGGUAGCCCUCACUAAACACCAGCAUCUGUCCCGACGCCCUUCCGCCCCGGGCCUAUCGCCACUCGAAGUCCACAGCAGGCGAGGGGCUCACAGCGUCCCCCGCGACUGUGACCACUGUCUGUGGCCCAAGUAACCGCCAUGCGUAGGCGUGGCCACCCGGUAGGGCGCGGGCGCAGGCGCCGUGGGGGCAGAAGGGGGGCGGGGGAGGCGACUCCGGCUGCCGGUCGCGUGCCGCACGCUCAGCCUGCGGCCGCCGGUGUUCCCCCGCUGUACCGGUGGGCGGGAGGAGGGGGAAAGCCGGGGUUCACGGCCGGAGACAGCCGCCGAGCCCGCCACCGCAGCCUUGCCAUCCGCGCCUUGGCUUGGCGCCCGAGCCAGCCCGUACACAAUUCUAGGAAAUUCGCUGUUGGAUGUGAUUCUUAACAUAAACCCCAUAGUUCUAAUUUUCUACCGUUCUCGUAUCACAAAGGCAGAAGAAAACAAUUGAAAAACCCGAAGUAAAGAUUAGAAAACAAAAGCAGCAGCCUGGUUAAGUCCUUUGUUAAUGAAACCGCGAGAAGCGCAAAGUUAGAUUUUUACCUGCUGGAUUUGCUCAACGUGGGCACAUUCCAGGACUUCAAUUUCGGAGCUUUAGUCACUGAUGUCCCACCGAUAGUCAUCAAAGUAUAGGCUCCCGGCCACCCAGCAGAACUUCCGGUCCCAGGUACUCGGUGAAAACUUAAGAAGGGAAAGCAGGGAGCACAGCGGGAUGGUGGGCCGUGGGCCGUGCUCCAGCUCCAGCCCCAGCCCCAGCUCCGCCCAUCGCCAGCUGGGACCCUUAAGUCACCUGAGACAGGUGUUUCUUGUCUGGGAAAAGGGAUCUGGAUCCUACUCACCGGUUGCCCAAUACUGGGAAGCCAGCAAGGAAAAAAAAAAAAUUCUCCAAUUUCGUGGUAGGAGAAGAGACAGCAAAUUAUUGGUAUAUGGGGAUGGCGGGGGUUGGGGUUGGGGGUUGGUGCAGGAAGCACCAGGUAAGGGGCUAACUGGCAAUUGCCGGUGAAGGUUUGGGGAGGGGAAAGGAACCUAAAAGGGGUUAAUCAGUGUGCCUCACCACAUGAAGUGAGGGAGGGAGCUGAGCGGCAUCUGGCAGGAAAACAGUCCAGGUGCAGGGAAUAAUAGCUCAUGCAAAGGCUCCAAGCAGGAGCAUGGUGAGUUAGGGGAGGCCAGGAGAUCAGUAUGGCUGGAGCAGGGUUAGUGAGGAGGAAAGGGGAGCAGGAAAUAUCAGAGAA